AUGGACAGCCCGUGCCAGCCCCAGGCCCUGAGUCAGGCUCUCCCUUCGUUGCCAGGUUCUGUGUCAGAGCCUUUGGAGCCUGGCCGGUCCAGGAUGGGGGUGGAGAGCUACCUGCCAUGUCCCCUGCUACCCUCCUACCACCGUCCAGGGGCAUCUCCUGAGGCCUCAGCAGGGAGUGGGAUCCCCAGAGCCACAGCCACUUCCACCUCAGCCAGCCCCCUGCUGGAGGGCUUUGGUGGGCAGGGUGGUGGCGAGCUGCAGCCUCUGCAGAGUGAGGGUGCCGCCGCACUGGUCACCAAGGGCUGCCAGCGACUGGCAGCUCAGGGCGCCCGGCCGGAGGCCCCCAAGCGGAAAUGGGCAGAGGAUGGUGGGGAUGCCCCCGCACCCCGCAAGCGGCCCUGGGCCAGGCAGGAGAACCAGGAGGCGGAGGGGGAGGGUGGCCUGGGCUGCAGCAGUGGCAAUAGCCAUGGCCGUGGUGAGGCCAGUGCCCGCUUGAGGGCGGAGGAGCUUCCUGCUGCACCUGAGCGCCUGGCUCUGGACUACAUCGUGCCCUGCAUGCGGUACUAUGGCAUCUGUGUCAAGGACAGCUUCCUGGGGGCGGCACUGGGUGGCCGCGUGCUGGCCGAGGUGGAGGCCCUGAAGCGGGGCGGGCGCCUGCGUGACGGGCAGCUCGUGAGCCAGCGGGCCAUCCCACCACGCAGCAUCCGUGGGGACCAGAUCGCCUGGGUGGAAGGCCACGAGCCCGGCUGCCGAAGCAUUGGGGCCCUCAUGGCCCGUGUGGACACUGUGAUCCGGCACUGCACUGGGCGGCUGGGCAACUACGUCAUCAAUGGGCGCACCAAGGCCAUGGUGGCGUGUUACCCAGGCAAUGGGCUGGGGUACGUGAGGCACGUUGACAAUCCCCACGGUGAUGGGCGCUGCAUCACAUGUAUCUAUUACCUGAAUCAGAACUGGGACAUCAAGGUGCACGGCGGCCUGCUGCAGAUCUUCCCUGAGGGCCGGCCUGUGGUAGCCAACAUUGAGCCACUCUUUGACCGGCUGCUCAUUUUCUGGUCUGACCGGCGGAACCCCCAUGAGGUGAAACCAGCCUAUGCCACCAGGUACGCCAUCACUGUCUGGUAUUUUGAUGCCAAGGAGCGAGCUGCCGCCAAAGACAAGUAUCAGCUAGCAUCGGGACAGAAAGGUGUUCAAGUACCUGUAUCUCAGCCAACUACGCCCACCUAG